GAUUGAUUUACAUCCGGCAGACAGGUGAGAAACGGUAGUUGAAGAGACCUGUGUCAUGUCUCUAACCUCUCAGCAGCUGGCCCAUGGAUUAUGAUCCUUCUUGGUGUCUCAUCUGAACACUUACCAGCCUCCAGGUGUGCUGCUAAGUCAAGUCAUCCUCUGAUGCUGUUUUUGUCCAGAUGCAAAACUGAAGGCAGCACAGGUCUGAUAAAUUCCCCACUAAGGUGUUACACAAGGCAGGAGUGGUUCCCACCUGCGAUGUCAGCGUCUGUCUUCAGCCUGUUUUCCCUGCUCACUUUGUCCUUGCUGCUCUUGCUGUGUGUCAUACGGAAGAAAAGAAGGAUGGAGGGGAAGUACAGACCCAGUGCAGAGGAGAAGAAACAAUCUAGAGCCACCGUACCCGAGAGGCCCAGCCUGCCUUUACCGUUACCCAAAGAAGAGCGUCUAAUAUAAAGAGACAUAGAUUGAGUAGCCUUGGUGUUACUAGGCUGCAUUUGUACACCAAAAGGAUUGCUGAUCAUGUAAACACACUUGGUGGUAUUUUUUUUUCUGUUCUCGUUGAGAAAAAAUGAACUGAUCAAUCGGAGAAUGGAAGGUUUGCCGUCAGGUUUACUAUUUAAACCAUCACUUUUUCUACUGCAUCGCUAUAAGUUAUAGUGUAUUUUGUAUUUAAAUGCACAAUAAUAUAUUUUCUUACUUUUUGUAUAUUUGUAGAAGAAUGAUGACAUAAAAGCCUAACGGAAUUGCACUUUUUUUAAUACGUGUUCAAAGACUUGGUUAUUAGGUAGUGUGCACACAAUGGUGGAUAAGGUGUCUGAUUAAAAUGUCUGUAUGCAAA